CUUACACGUCGCAACAUUCUCCACCCACAAGGGCUCACCCACACCUCACACGCGCGCACACCGCACCGCACUGCCCUCCACUUGGCUCGUCAUCACCCAGCUCAUCGCAUCGCACCCACCACCAACCAGCUCAUCACGCCGCGCUCCGCGCCCCGCGUCCACCAUGGUCCUCCUACGCCGUGGACCGCGCGCAAUGGCCAGCUGGCUGCUCGUCGUCGCCGGCCUGGCUCUGCUGUCGGUCGCUGCGGCCGCAGACCCAGACGUCGCCAUCACGCGCUUCGCAAACCUCCCAAGCAAGCUCUUCUACUUUGAAGACUCGACGCACGUCCUGAUGCACGACGAUGUCAGACAUACAGUGUGGCACUCGGCCGACGAGGGCAAGAGCUGGAAAGAGGUCGAGGACCUGGAAAAGAUCCACCGCCUCAUCGACCACCCGCACAACAAGGAGAUGGCGUUCGCUCUCGGCUCCAAGGAGAAGCACUACGUGACGUACAACCAGGGCCAGACCUGGCAGACGUUUGAGACGCCCGCACCGCCAUCGAUGUCGAGCGCGCCGCUCUCGUUCCACGCCACGCACCACGACUGGAUCCUCUUCCAGGGCCUCGUGUGCGAGAACACGGGCAAGAGCAAGUGGGGCGGAGGGAAGAAGUGCUGGGACGAGACGUACUACAGCAAGGACGCGUUCCGGUCAAAGCCAGAGCUGCUCCUCGCCCAGACGUCCCAGUGCACUUUCGCCCGCUCGUCCAAGUUUGUCCACGGCGCCAAGGAGGAGGAGAUUCUGUGUAUCGCGUUCGACUCCAAGUCGACCUCGGAGCACCGGAUCUCCGACAGCCGCCUCUUCCGCUCGUCAGACUGGUUCGAGACCAAGGAGUAUGUCGACCUCGGACUCGGCAAGCGUGCGCGCGGCGUCGUCGGCCUCGGCGUCGUUUCCAAGUUCUUGGUCGUCGCCAUGCGCGGCUCGCACGGCUCAGAGGUGGCUCGCGCAGCGUCCGACCCCAUGGAGCUCUACGUCAGCACGGACGCGAUCAAGUGGCACAAGGCUCAGUUCCCUCACUCGGCGAUGCCCAGCCUCGUCGAGAACGCGUACACUGUCGUUGAAUCGACAACCCACUCGAUCGCCGUCGACAUUCUGACUACUCCCGGCGCUCAGAUCGGCACCCUCUUCGUGUCCUCUGGUGAGGGCAAGUACUUUGUCGAGUCGCUGCCCGACACGAACCGCAACGAUAACGGCAUCGUCGACUUUGAGCACCUCCAGGGCAUUGAGGGCGUCGGCAUUGCCAACGUCGUGUCCAACCGCGAGCGCGUCGUGGCGUCCAGGGAGCGCAAGAAGCUCACCAGCCACAUCACAUACGACGACGGCUCCAACUGGCGCCGGCUCAAGGCGCCAGCCAAGAAGCUCGAUGGCGGCUCGUGGGACUGCGACACCUCCGACCUGACCAAGUGCUCCCUCCAUGUGCAUGCCGUGACGGUGCCCCACAACCUCGGCUCCGUCUUCUCAUCCACCGCCCCCGGCUUUGUUAUGGCUGUCGGCUCUGUUGGCGAGCACCUCCUGCCCUACGCUGAAUGUGACACGUUCCUCUCGACCGAUGCUGGUGUCUCGUGGAAGAUGGUCCGCGAGGGAGCCCACAAGUACGAGUUUGGCGACCUUGGCAGCGUGCUUGUGCUCGUCGACGACGAGCAGUCGACCGACCACGUCCUCUACUCGUAUGACGGCGGUGCCACCUGGGACAAGCUCGACAUUGGUAUCAGCGUCCGUGCUACUCUUCUGACCACCAUCCCCGACUCGACGUCCCAAAAGUUCCUCCUCCUCGGUGUCGCCCAUCGCCAGUCGUCCAAGGAAGGCCGAUACGCCAUGGUUUUCCUCGACUUUGCUGGCCUCCAGACCCGACAGUGCAAGGACGGCGACUUUGAGAAGUGGUACGCCCGCUCGAGCGAGGACUCGGAGUGCCUCAUGGGCCAGAAGCUUUGGUACGAGCGCCGCAAGCUCGACGCCAAGUGCUACGUCGGCAACAAGUUCCAGGACCCUGUCGGCCACUCAGACAAGUGCAAGUGCACGGAUGAGGACUAUGAAUGCGACUUCAACUACGUUCGCCAGGACGGCAAGUGUGUCGCCGUUGGUCCCGAGAAGCUGCCGGAGGGUGCAUGCCUCAACAACGAGGACUACUACGAGGGUUCGUCGGGCUACCGCCUCAUCCCUGGAAACGUGUGCGAGGGCGGCAGUGAGAAGGACAAGAAGAUCCGCAAGCCCUGCAAGGAGUCUCGUCCAAAUGAAGGCGAGGUCUCGCACGUCGUUCACGAGUUCAAGUCGGGUGUGCUCCGCCACAACUACUUUUCAAAGUCCAAGACUAUUCUCCUCCACCUCCAGGACGGAACCGUCUGGCAGUCGAGCAACGAGGGGUACUCUUGGGCGCAGCUCCAGAAGGGCAAGACCUUCCUGUCCAUUCUCAUGCACCCCUACGACGACCAGCGCGCAUACCUCCUGACUACUGGGCGCGACAUUUACUACACCAAGGACACGGGUCGUUCCUGGAGCUGGAUGACCGCCCCUGCAGACGCCAACCCGCUGCAGAUUACCCUCCUCGACUUCCACCCCACAAAGUCGGACUGGCUCAUCUACACCGGCUCGUUCGACUGCGACGACACCAUGUCCCAGAACUGCCGCGCGGCGGCCUACUACUCGACCAACCACGGCUACUCGUGGAGCAAGAUGGAGGAGUACGUUCGCAACUGCCAGUGGGCACGCGACGAGAAGCUCAAGAUCAACGAGCGGUUGGUCAUCUGCGAGUCGUACAAGAACAAGAAGGGCACUCAGCGCCAGACGGACGGCAACCCCUUACAGCUCAUUGCCGGUGACAACUACUACUCGAACAAGAAGGUUCUCUUCGAUGCUGUCGUGGGUUUCACGACCUUUGACGAGUAUCUCGUCGUUGCCGAGCUUAAACAGGAGACGAACACACUGGCCCUUCAAGUGUCUCUUGACGGCACGCACUUCUCUGAGGGACAGUUCCCUCCCGGCAUGAAGAUCGACAACCACGCGUACACCAUCCUCGAGAGCAACACCGACUCGCUCUUUCUGCACAUGACCAUGAGCAGCGAAGCGCAUCUUGAAUGGGGCACCAUCUUCAAGUCCAAUUCGAACGGCACGUACUUCAGCAUGUCGAUCGAGGACGUCAACCGCGACAGGAAGGGCUUUGCCGACUUUGAGAAGAUGAUUGGUCUUGACGGCAUCGCCAUGGUCAACAUUGUCUCCAACCGCAAGACUGCGGCCACGGAAGGCAGCAAGAAGUACCAGACGAGGAUCACCCACAAUGACGGUGGUACUUGGAAGCCCAUGCCACCUCCUGACCGCGACUCGCUGGGCCAGAAGUAUGACUGCACCAAGAGCUCAUGCGCGCUUCACCUCCACUCCUACACUGAGCGCCGCGACCCCAAGGCAACGUACAGCAGUCCUUCGGCUAUUGGCCUCAUGAUCGGUGUCGGUAACGUCGGCGAGGAUCUUGCCGAGUACAAGGAAAGCGACGUCUUCCUUACCCGAGACGGCGGUUUCCACUGGGAAGAGAUCCGCAAGGAUGCUCACCUGUGGGAGUAUGGCGACUCUGGCUCAAUCAUUAUUCUCGCCAACGACGAAGAGCCUGUGGACCAUGUCCUCUACACCACGGACGAGGGCCUGACGUGGCACACCUAUGCGUUUGACGAGAAGAUCCGCGUCUCCUCGCUUCAGACAGUUCCCGAGGACACUUCGCGACGAUUCUUCCUCAUUGGCAAGAAGACGGGCCACGAGGGCAGCAUCCUGGUGCACCUCGACUUCUCCAGGGUUACCCCGAGGCAAUGCGAGCUCAAGGUCGACGACCCCAACCACGACGACUUCGAACUCUGGAGCCCGAGCCAGAACCGUGACGAGCAGUGCCUGUUUGGCCGCCAGACCCUCUACCACCGCCGCAUUCGUGACAAGGACUGUUACAUUGGCGACCAGAAGUGGGAUGAGACGGCCACCAUCAAGCGUAACUGCACCUGCACCGACACCGACUUUGAGUGCGAGUUCAACUAUGUCCGCAAGGGCGAGAAGUGUGUCCUCGUAGAGGGCGCGCAGCCGCUGUCCAUCAACACGCUUGAGGAGCAGUGUGUGGGUGACGCACAGUACUGGUACGAGCGGACCGAGUACCGCAAGAUCCCAUACUCGUCGUGUGACGGUGGCGAGCGCAUCGACCGAGGCAAGCGCCACGAGUGCCCCGGCCUCAUCAACCGGAGCGGGCUUGGCGCCUUCUUCUGGGGCUCGCUCGCCAUUCUGCCGUUCAUGUGCGCGGGCGUCGCAGGAUGGUGGUAUGUCACCAAGGGCAGCCGACCAGGCGCCAUUCGCCUCGGCGAGCACCGUGCCUAUGGCGGCGGCGAUGCGACCUCGGGCGCGCUCGCUGUCCUUGCCUCUGUACCCUUCUUCCUCAUCGGUGUUGUGGCCGCCGGAUGGUCUGCCGUCGAGCGCCGCCUGCCGUUCAUCGAGGGCCUGUUCACACGGCGCCCCGCGUACCGCAGCGUCCCAAUCGACGAGGACGCUGAAAUUCUUGGGACUUAUGAGGACGAUUAGGUUAUCUCUCUGUGUCGUAGUCUUGAAAAACCGCCUGUAGCA